CAACCUCAGAAAAAAAAAAACAAUGGCAGCAGCCACCAAGCUCGUCCUCUCCCUUCUCUUCUUCCAGCUCACCACCACCGCCUACUCCAUCGGCGUCAACUACGGCACCCUCGCAGACAACCUCCCUCCUCCUGCCCAGGUCGCCAACUUCAUCAAGACCCAAACCAUCAUUGACUCCGUCAAGAUCUUCGACGUUAACCCGGACAUCAUCAAGGCCUUCGCCAACACCGGUAUCUCCUUAACCAUCACCAUCCCCAACGGCGAGAUCCCCGGCCUCACGUCACUUGAUGGCGCCAGGCGUUAUAUCGAUCAGCACAUCAAACCCUUCCACCCUGCUACUAAGUUCAAGUACAUUCUCAUGGGCAACGAAAUCCUUCACUGGGGAGACGCUGCUCAGAAAAACGGACUAGUCCCCGCAAUGAGGAUGCUCUACGCCGCUUUAGUUCAAGCGGGUAUGAGAGACAUUAAGGUCUCCACCCCACACUCCCUCGGUAUCAUGCUCUCGUCUGAACCGGCAAGCGCCGGCCGCUUCAGACCCGAAGUGAUCCCGAUAUUGCUUGACCAGCUCAAGUUCUGCCGAGAGACCAAGUCCCCCUUCAUUUUCAACCCCUACCCCUACUUCGGCUGGUCGCCUGAGAAGGAGAACUUCGCUUUGUUCAGGCCAAACAAGGGCAUUCUCGACCAGUACACCAAGAAAAUGUACACCAACAUGUUCGACAACUUGAUGGAUGCCGUGUACUCCGCUUGCAAGGCCCUCGGGUUCACCGACGUCGAGUUCGUUGCCGCCGAGACCGGCUGGCCUUCGGCUUGUGAGUACCCGGUAUGCUCGGUCCAGAACGCCGUGGACUACAACGGCAACUUGAUCAAGCACGUGAACUCCGGUAAGGGAACUCCCCUGAUGCCUAACAGGAAGUUCGAGACUUACAUCUUCGCUUUGUUCAAUGAGAACCAGAAGCCCGGCCCCUCCGCCGAGAAGAACUGGGGGCUGUUCAGGCCCGACUUUUCUCCGGUUUACAAUGCCGGUGUUUUGCGCAACCAACAGGGAGGUGCAUUGCCUGGAACAACUGGACCAGCUCAACCAGUUAACCCAGUCAAACCAGGAAAGGGAGGAAAACCAGCUACACCUGCUGCUGCUGGAGGCAAGAAGUGGUGUGUGGCAAAACCUGGGGCAAGUGCUCCGGCUUUGCAGGCAAACAUUGAUUACGUGUGUGGCAAGGGAGUGGACUGCAAGCCAGUUCAACCAGGUGGUGUUUGCGCCUCCGAGGGUAUUGUUGGUAAGGCGUCUUACCUGAUGAAUGCUUUCUAUCAGGCCAAUGGCCGCAACAACUUCAAUUGCGACUUCUCUGGAAGUGGGCUAAUCACCAACGUGAACCCCAGCCACGGGGCUUGUGUAUACAAUGCUUGAAGAAGCCAAGAUGAUCAGAGAAAGAAGAUCCGCUGGUUUUGAAAUAGUAGUAAUUACUUUUUUCUUUUACAAAUUUUGUGGGGAAGUACUGUGUUGAACUGACUAUGCUGCCAUUGCUAAUUUGCUAUGACUUACUGUACAAGAUGAUUGAACAAGGACUGAUUAAUGAAAGCACUUCCAUAAUUUCAUCACU